GAGCAAGAAAGGCUUAGCCCAGCUAGAGCUUUAUUAGCGCAUUGGAAUUUGCAUGUCAGCUCUCCAAUUGGCAAGUGGCUCGAGCUCCCGUUUUCAGCCUCGAAAUCAGAAGCGUUGCCUUGCGCCUCAAUUAACUACUGCAGCAUAACAUAUUUCGACCUUUGCCUCUGCUUCUUCAUACCAAGUCGAGAUCUUGAAGGUAUUCUGUCCACACAGCCAUACCACCGAGUUCGCGCAGAGGCUCGUGAAGUAACACGACUUCAUCAAGUCAAACACCAAUUUUUGCAAAUCAAAAAAGAGUAGCUCCCUGAAGGAGCAAACUCCAGACAGCAUGUCCAACAAACAGGGCAAGAUGGCCGGUUACAUCAACUACCGGAUGAGAGUAACUCUCUUGGACGGUCGUCAGAUGACUGGCCAAAUGCUCGCCUUCGACAAGCACAUGAACCUUGUGCUCGCAGAUACCGAGGAGUUUCGCAAGCUGAAGCGCAAGACGACAAAGCCUGCUGCCGCCCCCGGCGCAUCAACCCCCCAGACUCAAACCAUCGAGACCGAGGAGAAGCGCACUCUUGGCUUGACCAUUGUCCGUGGCGCCCAGAUCGUCUCGCUCUCCGUUGAAUCGCCUCCCCCACAAGAUCCCAGCACACGACUUGGCAAGACCACAACCGGCGGUCUUCCCUCCGCACUCACAUCCGGCCCCGGUGUGGCUCGACCUGCCGGGCGUGGCGCUGCUCCUGCGAGCUUGGCCGGUCCUGCUGCUGGUGUUGGUCCUG